ACUUGUUAAAAUGCAUCAUGUUAAGAACUGCGAAAGGAUUUCACCUUCACCAGCUACCUAGCUACCCGGAGGGGAGAACCCACCCCCCGAGUAGCUUGGUACCGAUCCUUGGGAGGGGGUGGGAAGUGUUAGGAAGUAAUACACAUACUCAGAACUUCUUUAGUAACUGUUAUUUAUGUGAUUUUUACAAAAAAAAACUAUUUCUCCGAAUCAAUAAUAACUUUUACUUGAUAAAUAAUAAUAAUUCACUAUUUUAUUGUUCCAGAAAAGUUAAAAUGUCGCUGAAAUCCCGAACUUCUCUGGAGCCUAAACCUCCACAGGUUGAAGAUUUUGUGUUUGGAUCCUGGCAAAUACAAAUCUCGAAAUCCAGGAUAAUGAGUUCGGUUGAGGAGGAGGAAGUAAUGAAAAGCCUUGAACUCCCGCAUCUACCAGACAUGCUCUUCCUUCACAAUCAUCUCACCCUCAACCACCAGGAGGGCCUACACAUUUCCUUCAAACCACUGGACGCGCUUAAACGCGUUAAUGCGCACGAAGAUCUGGUGCACGUUUCAAUGUCGCAGGAAUGGUUGGAGGCAAGGAAGGAUUCGCCUCAUAUCUUGUAUCUCCAGGAAUGGUUAGAAACUAAGAAGAAUUCUCCUCAUAUCUUGUAUCUCUAGGAAUGGAUGUAUGCCAGGAAGGAUUCUCCUCAUA